AUGUCCGGCCGUGGAAAGCAAGGAGGCAAAGUCCGAGCUAAGGCGAAGUCGCGCUCGUCUCGUGCUGGGCUGCAGUUCCCUGUGGGCCGCGUCCACCGUCUCCUGCGGAAAGGUAACUAUGCUGAGCGGGUUGGGGCUGGAGCGCCAGUCUACAUGGCGGCUGUGCUGGAGUAUCUAACGGCCGAGAUCCUGGAGUUGGCGGGUAACGCGGCCCGCGACAACAAGAAGACGCGCAUCAUCCCUCGCCACCUGCAGUUGGCCAUCCGCAACGACGAGGAGCUCAACAAGCUGCUGGGCAAGGUGACGAUCGCGCAGGGGGGCGUGCUGCCCAACAUCCAGGCCGUGCUGCUGCCCAAGAAGACUGAGAGCCACAAGGCAAAAAGCAAAUAAGCUUCAUAAGUGAAGCCGCUCAAAACUUUCACAGCAUAAAAUAUAACCCAAAGGCUCUUUUCAGAGCCACCCACAUAGUCAGAAAAGAGUUGUGUUGCUUUCUUUGCAAAAGUGUUUUGGUGCCAA